AUGAGGCAGCCUGUUAAAUUCAUAGCCUUCUACGCUUCAUCCCCACCAGCUUCAGUAAAUUUCAUCAGAGAGAAAAAAAACACCCUACGCCACAGCUACUUACACAGCCCAUUUUCGGCUUCCUUGAUGAUGGAACAUGUCUUCUUGGCCUAGCUUUAUCUGAAGAUUGUCUAUAAAGAGGACAGUGAAGGUGAUAACUGCCAAAAUAAUCUAUGCUAAACACCAAACUGUGGUGUGUGUCUUCUGGAGUGGAGGACGAGAUGUGAAGCUCCCUGAGGAAUCAUCUGUGGACAGCAGGACUGACUGUGGCAGACCUGUGUGAGAGGUGAUCUGGAACGCGGUCAGGGCAAUGAAUGGAGUCGUGGCCGCCGAGCCACCGGCGCAGGAUGAGAACACCGGGCAGGGUCCUGCCCACAGCCGUGCCAAGGCAGAGCGGGUCUCUGACAACAUGAAGGAGCUGAGCCUACAGGCCAGCACCCAGCUGCCCCCACUGACUGAGCGGAAGAAUGUCCUGCAGUUAAGACUCCAGCAGAGGAGGACACGGGAGCAGCUUGCAGACCAGGGCAUCAUGCCUCCACUGAAGAGUCCAGCUGCAUUCCAUGAACAGAGAAAAAGUCUUGAGAGAUCCAAGACUGGGGAUUACUUAAAACACAAAAUUAGAAGCAGACCGGAGAAGUCCGAACUAGUCAACAUGCAGAUAUUACAAGACUCAGCCGCGGAAGGGUCCAUACAGGCCACACAGAUGAAACUAAAGCGAGCCAGGCUUGCCGACGAUCUUAAUGAGAAAAUUGCUCUAAGACCAGGCCCAUUGGAGCUGGUAGAAAAGAAUAUCAUUCCUGUUGAUUCAGCUGUCAAAGAAGCUGCAAUGAAAGCGAACCAAGCCAAGUUCCCUAAGCAAGAGGAUUCAUACGCAUUUGAGGAAGACAGCAGCAGUGACAGCCUGUCCCCUGAGCAGCCCCACAGUAAUGAGUCUCAGGGGUCAAUGUGCUCCUCAUCAGAGACCAAGAGCAGUGACUCGUCCUCCCCUGCCCUAACCACCUCCCGACAGGGAUUUCAAAGCAGGGAGGUAAAUAGACAUAUUGCCUCUCCUAAUAACCAAGUAAGCCAAGAGGAAAGCCAAUCUGUGAUGAGCAACAACCAACUAACUCCACCCAUCCCUGUUCCAGCAAUUGUAAAGUCAAAAUCAUCUGACAAAAGCCGUCACAAAAAACUGAAAGACACAAAGCCAAAGGUGAAGAAGCUGAAGUAUCAUCAGUACAUUCCGCCGGACCAGAAGGCAGAGAAGUCCCCUCCCCCGAUGGACUCGGCCUACGCCAGGCUCCUGCAGCAGCAGCAGCUGUUCCUGCAGCUGCAGAUCCUCAGCCAGCAGAAGCACCAACAGCACUCCCAGCAGCGCCAGCAGAACUUCAGCUUCCAGCCCUUGCACUCACUACCUGUCAAGCAAUCCAAUGAACAACUUGCAAGAAAUUCAAGUGCUCCCACAAGCACUGUGACUAGUACUUCCUCAUCUCCUGUGAAGACAAGCUUUUCUGGACAGGCCUGCGUUUCACCAAUAAAGCCAGGACCUUUACCCUCCAAUCUGGAUGACCUUAAAGUGUCUGAGCUGCGACAGCAGCUGAGGAUACGAGGCCUUCCUGUGUCUGGCACCAAAACAGCCCUCAUAGAGAGGCUGAAGCCCUUCAAGGACCCCAACGCCAGCCCGCCAUCCAACUCCAGUGACAUCACAACCGUCACAUUUCCGGUGACCCCUACUGGUUCUUUGUCAUCCUACCAGUCCCCGGGCUCCUCCACUGCCAGCGGCUUCUAUCCGUUUUGCAGCACCAGCACAACCCCGCCCAUCUCGCCAGCCUCCUCUGAUCUCUCGGUCAGCGGCUCCUUGCCAGACAGCUUCAGCGACGUGACCAUGUCCUCCCCCCAGUUCGGCCUGCAGCCCUCCCCGGCCCAUCUGAGCGCCGAUGAGGGGCUGGCAGCCAGCCUGAAUGGGGGCUGCCUGCAGGCGGAAGCGGAGGGCCUGGAUGCGGAGAAGGACAAGAUGCUGGUGGAGAAGCAGAAGGUGAUCGAGGAGCUGACCUGGAAGCUGCACCAGGAGCAGCGGCAGGUUGAGGAGCUCAAAAUGCAGCUGCACAAGAGGAAGCGCAACCACAACCAGCAGGACCUGCAGGCCUCACCCCAACACCAGCACCACCUGCAGCCUCCACCCCAACAGCAGCACUUCUUCGGCGUGUCCAUCAAACAAGAGCAUGUGGCCUCCAGCUGUCCUCUCGCCUCCAAGCAACUGAAAAGCCCUUCCAGCAGCUGCAUGGAGAGCCUGGGCCACUGUGGCCCACCCUCCAUGUCCAGCCUGGUCGGCCCCCGCUGCCUGGACACCUCAGCCAGCGGCAGCCCCUCCACCCUGUCUGCCUUCCUUAGCCCCCAGUGCUCUCCUCAACACUCCCCCAUUUCAAAGACAGCUGGUAGUCCACAACACAACAGCCUGUCCUCCUCCCCCAGCAACCCCUACCUGCUACCUGUGUCUGCCACUACACUGUCCGGGGAGAACCGUAGCCGGUCUCCACAGCAGACCAGCAGCAGGCCUCGAAAUGUGCAGACCCAGCAGAAGAACGUUGGCCAGCCCAUGAACUGCUCCUACUCACCCGACCAAAGGAGCCUACAGCAACUGUUCCCCAGCUCUACCAACAACGGUUUUAACCACAGGAAUCAAUCCAAAGCCAAGAAUCCAAGUAUGCAACAAAAGAUGGCAAUAUUACACUCUCCCAGGCACGUGGGUCAAAAGUUUUCCAUCUCCUCUGCUACCUGCUGUAGCUCAGAUUCUGCUGCAUCAAAGAUAAAAGGGCCCCCCUGCUAUGAAGAUGCAGUAAAGCAGCAACUGACCAGGAGCCAGCAAAUGGAUGAACUUCUUGAUGUACUAAUUGAAAGUGGAGAAAUGCCAGCUAACGCCAAAGAAGACAGGCCCUGUGUAACCAAAGUUGUGCCUCACAUUACAGUUUCUUCAGGGAGCUCCAGCAUACCAGUCCCCAAAUUCCACAGGCACUAUGAGCACUUGUCCCCGUCCCAGCUCUCCUUCGAACACGGCGCCAGCAAUGGGGACAGCCACCUGGAGGCCUUGCUGAGCAGCUCCAUGGGCAGAGCGGGCGAGAUUGUGCUCCUCAAGAUGGGUGCCGAGGAAGGCCGUCUGGAGGAUGCAGGGGAGGGUUUCGCGGCCACCCGCCAGGACAAGGUGCUCAGCAACCGUGACAUGAUGGACACGCCGCUGUCCCCCAUGGAUGCCAGGGUCUCUCCUGCCACGGAGAGCCAGGGGCUCAACAUGACUUUCACCGAAUCUCCGUGGGAGACCAUGGAGUGGCUGGAUCUCACGCCACCAAGCUCUGCCACGGGCUUCAACUCCAUCCCCCCGGCCGCGCCCAGCAUCUUCAACACAGAAUUCCUGGAUGUCGCAGACAUCAACUUGAACUCGGCCAUGGACCUUCACUUAGAGCAAUGGUGAACAGGAAGCUUGGAGCACUAAAGCAAAGCAGCCUCUUACAGAAGAAGUUAAGCAUCACUAACACGUUUUCCUUUUCUAAAAAUCUACUUCCGUACGACAAUGCCAGGUGCUCCGAGAAGAUCCUUGUCUUCCUGGACACGACGCGCACAAUCACAGGGACAAGCUUAAGUUAGAUGUGAGUUUAUAUAUAUUAAAACAGAUUACCAGCAAAGGAAUGUUAUAAAAAUGAAAGUACGAAGGUUGUACAGGAUAAAUAUACACAGCUGCAAUUAAUGUAGCGCAGCGACAGUUGCUAUGCAUCUAGU